AUGGCCGAGCCCCACCGUGCCCGCCGCCAGCCCAGCCGCCUGCAGACCCGUGCUCCGUCGUCGCUCCAGAUUAACCGCACCGUCCAGUGGAACGUGGCGAUCCCGCUUCUCUCCCCGCUGGCCUCGUCCCCGCCGCCGCCCCCUCCUCCGGCGCAGAAGGAGGAGCCGCCGCAGCAGCGACCGGCAGAGAAAAUAGUCUUCAAAAAGUGGCAGCAUCCGGCGGCUCCGUUCUGCUACGAACCACCGUCGGUGGUUGCACCCUUCGUUAACGUUACAGUGUUGAUGUGGGAGUGUGCGUUAUUAUUCAAAGUAAAAGGCGUAAGUGAGUGCGUGUGCACGUGUGGUGGAACAACUGACUUCAAACCCAGGAACAUCGCAUAUGAUAUGAUAAAUCAACAACCUCGUGGCUUAGCUCCAAGCCAGUCAAAGGGUUAUGCUCGUGAGCUACAAGUUAGAAAUUGUCUGAGCUUGAGCUUGAGCUUUCAGUUUUCACUGUUCUAUGUUCCCAAAGGUGUAGACUUUUGGGGGUAUCGAAAUGGGAGUGUGAGAGUGGUUUUUGGUGUUGGCACACCCCAUUUUGAAGAAACUCUGUGUGUGCCUGCAGCUAUGGUUGCAGAAGCUUGGAUUGUAAAGAUGGGUAACCAGGUAAGUUCCAAUCUCAAGCAUGCCCUUCUUCUUGAAACUUUGACAAAGAGGAAACAGACCCACAAGAGGUCAGAGACCAAAGAGACCAUAGGUAUUCUUUCUUUUGAGGUAGCAAAUGUGAUGUCCAAAACUGUGCACCUCCAUAGGUCACUGUCGGAGUCUGAGAUCUCAAAGCUGAGGAAUGAGAUCUUGGGCUCAGAGGGUGUUAGGAAUUUGGUGUCCUCUGACGAGGGUUAUCUCCUCGAGCUGGCUCUGGCAGAGAAGCUUGAGGAGCUGAAUAGGGUUGCUAGUGUGGUCUCUAGGCUGGGGAAGAAGUGCUCUGAGCCUGCCCUGCAAGGGUUUGAGCAUGUGUAUGGGGACAUUGUUGGUGGUGUUAUAGAUGUGAAGGAACUGGGGUUCUUGGUUAAGCACAUGGAGGGAAUGGUGAGGAAAAUGGAUAGGUAUGUUACUGUGACUCGGAAUUUGUACAGUGAGAUGGAGGUUUUGAAUGAGUUAGAGCAAGCAGUGAAGAAGUUUCAGCAUAACCAGCAUGAGGAGAGUAGGAGGGCUUUUGAGCAGAAGCUCAUGUGGCACAAGCAAGAUGUGAGGCAUCUUAAGGAUGUUUCCCUUUGGAAUCAGAACUUUGAUAAGGUUGUUGAGUUGUUGGCUAGGACAGUUUGUACAAUUUAUGCUAGGAUUUCUGUGAUCUUUGGAGAAUCCGCUUUGAGGAAGAAUACCCUUGGCCUUGGCCUUGGCCUUGGGGGAGGCUCGCCGGCUUCACAAAAUGAAUCGGUGUUUGUGUCUGGAAAUAUUGAUGUUCUGACAAGUUCAGAAAGGUUGAAGCGCAACCAGAGCAGGAGAAAUCGAUCUCAUUCUGGUUCGGUUGGGAGAACGGCUGCAGCAGAUAGAAGGGGAACUGCUAAUAGGCCUCAAAUUGAUUUGAGGAGAGGUGAUUUAGCUCCUCUUCGACCUGAAGAUUUUGGUUUUCCAUGUGGAACAAGUCCAGGGAGACUUUUCAUGGAAUGCCUAAGUUUGAGUAGCUCAGUUUCAAAAUUUGAUGAAGCUGAUGAUGGUUAUGUUGUCAACCGGGAGGACCAACAUAGUAGCUGUAGGAGUGUUGGGAUAGGGAAUCAUAGCAUGAAGAGGGAGCAUGUGUGCUAUUCUGGUAUUCUAAAUCACGCUCAAAGUGGUGUUCCUUUCACUGGGGAUCUUAGGCAAGCCAAAUCUGGUGUACAAAGUUGUUCUACAUUAGGUCCCAAAAGUAGGUUAGUUGUUUAUGCACCUCCUUCCACACUUGGAGGCUGUGCUCUAGCAUUGCACUAUGCUAAUGUCAUAAUUGUCAUUGAGAAGCUGCUUCGCUACCCACAUUUAGUUGGUGAGGAAGCGAGGGAUGAUCUAUAUCAGAUGCUACCUACAAGCUUAAGGCUAUCCCUUAAGGCCAAACUGAAGUCAUAUGUCAAGAAUUUGGCCAUAUAUGAUGCCCCUCUUGCCCAUGACUGGAAGGAGAAUCUUGAUGGGAUACUCAAGUGGCUUGCCCCGCUUGCUCAUAACAUGAUCAGAUGGCAGAGUGAGCGUAAUUUUGAGCAGCACCAAAUUGUUAGCCGGACCAAUGUUCUGCUACUUCAGACGUUAUACUUUGCUGACAGGGAAAGGACCGAGGAAUCAAUCUGUAAACUUCUUGUUGGGUUGAAUUACAUAUGCCGGUAUGAGCAUCAACAGAACGCGCUAUUGGAUUGUGCCAGCAGUUUUGAUUUCGAAGAGUGCAUGGAGUGGCAAUUGCAAUGUGGAGAUUCUUUUCUCAAUUGA